AAAAUGGCUACCGCGGGCGCUAGCGUGGAGCUGAAGAAGGAGCUGACAUGUGCCAUCUGCCUGGACUACUUCGAUGAUCCGGUCAUACUGAAAUGCGGGCACAAUUUCUGCCGUUUUUGCAUCUGCAUGCACUGGGACGAGAACGGCGCGGACUACGGCGGCUACCAGUGUCCCCAGUGCCGAACGGUGUUCAGCAAGAGGAGCUUCACCAAGAAUUACUUGGUGCAAAAUCUGGUGGCCAAACUGGACGACAUGGAGUGUCUGGGAUCCCUCUCUCCCCCCUCCAACCCGGUGAAAGUGGACGACAAGUGUGAGCAUCACGGAGAAGAGCUCAAGUUGUACUGCCAGACCGACAGCAGGCCUAUUUGUGUAGUCUGCAGGGAGUCCAGAGCACACAGACACCAUGAGGUAGCACCAGUGCCAGAGGUUAUAAAGGAAAUGAAGAGUGAGUUGAAACUGAGGCUGAUGGAGCUUAACUGGCAGAAGACUCGGUGUGUGAAAGUGAGGGCAACGGAUGAACGUACCAAAAGUGAAGUCCAGAUGAAGAAAGACAGACUGAAGGAGAAGAUCGAGGGGGACGUUGGUGCACUGGUCCAGUUCUUACUGGACGAGAGGGACUCUCUGCUAGAGAGUCUGGACGCGGAGGAAGUGGCCACUGUGGCCGUCAUAGACGACAACUUGAAGUUGGUGGAGGCCGAGGUGACAUGUGUGGACAAAGCCAUCGCUGAUAUCCAUAGCCACACCAGCGGAAAAAGCAGUUUCGAGAGUCUGUCUCAGACAUACAAUGAAGUCCUUCAUGCUAAGCCUUUAGCAACCCUUGAGCCGGUAAACUGCCCCCCUGAUUGGACGGACUUCUCAGGACCCUUCCAGCUUAUCAUGUGGAAGAAGAUGAUGCAUGUACUGCAUACCAUGCCCCAGAACCUCACCCUGGACCCUGACACAGCUCACCCAAACCUGCUGAUUAACGACUUUGACACCCAAGUGGAGGAGGGUCGCAUCCGUAAUCACGAGCCAGACCUGCCGGGCCGUUUCACCCGGUUCUGCGGGGUCCUAGCCACGGCCCAGUAUUCCAGUGGCCAGCACUACUGGGAGGUGGACGUGAAGGACAAAGGAGUGUGGUACCUGGGGGUCACCACAGAGUACAGCAACAGGAAAGGCUUUGUCAGCCUCACUCCCUCCGCGGGCUAUUGGAGUCUGUGCCUGCAGGACCGGCUGUACGCCAACGCGGAGGAUGGUCGCAUCCCGGUCGCCGACUACUGGAACUCACCCCGCGUUGGUGUGUACCUAGACUAUGACCAUGGACGGCUGAGCUUCUAUGACGCUGUCACCAUGAAGAAGCUGUACAUGUUCGAUACCUGCUUUGACAUGCCCGUCAGCCCUUUUUUCAGCCCUGGGAAGAAUGACCCAGGGAGCCGGAUGCAGAUAUGCCACUAUUAUUGAAAGGGGUUGAAAAAGUCUUUUUGUUCUUUCUUUCAUUUGCUCGUAAAAGGGAUCCGUAUUGAUGUUUACCCCUUUUGUAACACAAGAAGUUUAGCUGUUACCGGUUGGUCUAGAUGAGGAGGAAAUAUUUGACAUCGAAAUAUGAUAUGUGAUGAGAGAGCAGCUAAGGUUAAAACGAGUUAUUGAGCCUGAGAAUGACCAAAUGCGGUUUUGAUUACAGACACGACACGAAGUGCUGUCUCCCCAGACAGCUGCGGCUGUCUGCGGAUGUGAGAGAUGGGUUCCUGUCUCUGUAUCACUGUGUCGAAUUAGACAUGCCCGCCGUCGGUGCACUUGUUUGACAGAACACAGUGCAGAAUCCUGUUUCCUCUGAAAACACAUCCACACCAUUAGCAACAGCAUCGCCAAACUACUGUAUGUCGGCCGGUGUCGGCUGAGUUGACGCUGACCCGCCGUGCAGCUGCUGCUGGUGUGAGCACCAUUGCAGGGAUUAUCACAUUAGUGACUGCUAAUGUUACCUGAAAGAUGAACCUCUUUCAACUUUUUCUUUUCUUUUUUCCUCCACUGAUGAGCAGGGAAGUCAUGGACAUACAUAGUGGUCAGAAUCAGUCCACUCGAAUCAUUCGACUUGUCCUGGGUCUUCAGCUAUCAGAUCAGGGACGGUUGAGUC